UAGAGCCGUCCGGCUCCUCCAUGUGGAGGCUCUGGAGUUCCCGACGUGGGCUUGCGGUGCUGCCCUGCUGUGGCCGAGCAGCCUCCGGCGGCCUACAAGAUCCGGUCUCCGGCGUGGGCAAGCUACCCAGCGAGCUGGACAGAUUCGGGGGCGUCUUGGUGCACCUGCGUUGUCUGGACACGCGCCAAAAGGCAGUUCCUGCAGGGCAAGUGCGGGGCUCGGCUCGAGGCACUGGGAAACCGAGGGGGGGAGUGCGCUCUCUGAGGUUGUUAUUUUCCUCUACAUUUCCAACUGCCGUACAGCAGUGGAGGUGAGGCAGGAGAGCUGUGUGGCUACACAUCCCCAUCCUGCAGAGCCACCACAUUUCCCCUGCUGCUUCCCUGGGCUUCUGCUUCCACCAUACAGAAUCCAAUUCCUCCACGCUGACUCUGUGGCUGGGAGAAGGACCCAGCAGAUUGCCAGGAUAUGCUACCCAUCAAGUAGGAGUUGUAGGUGGUGUAUUUGAUGAAAGUACUAGAAAAGUAUUGGUUGUACAAGAUCAAAAUGAACAUAAAAAUAUGUGGACAUUUCCAGGAGGCCUUUCAGAGCCUGGAGAAGAUACUGGAGACACAGCAGUCCGAGAAGUUUUUGAAGAGACUGGUGUAAAGUCAGAAUUCAGGUCCGUGCUGAGCAUCUGACAGCAGCACCGCAGUCCUGGAGCCUUUGGGAAGUCAAACAUGUACGUGGUCUGCUGCCUUCAACCCUGUUCCUUCAACAACUUCUGUCAGCAGGAAUGCUUGGGGUGCGAGUGGAUAGAGCUCAGCCACCUAGUCAGGACUGAAAAUAUGACCCCUAUCACCAGCAGGGUGGCUAGGCUGCUGCUGUAUGGGUACAGAGAAGGGUUUGACAAGAUUGAUCUCACCAUGGAGGAACGCCUCACUGUGUACACAGGCCUGUUUUACAAGCUCUAUCACAAGGAGCUGCCUGAGACAUACAAAGCCAUGACAGGAAUGGAUAAACUCAAGUGCUUUAAAGUAAACUGCAGGUACAGAUUAGUGUAAGACCUGAUGUUAAUUUUCUGAUGUAUAUCUUCUCCAUGAUGAAAAUUAUAAAAGCUUCAUAUUUUUAAAUCCUCUUCAAAUAAAGUAAAUAAAUGACAAAGACUAUAGCUCGAAUCUUCACCAGGUCAGAACAGAAGCUGUAUGAAAGGAGAAAGUCUA